CUAAAUUGAAUUAACAAUUUACAAUAUGCUGAAUUAAACAGUGCUUGAACCUUCAGAGAGGCAAAAUAACAAAGAAAUUGUGGACUGUCAAAUAACAACAGUUUGUCAUUUCAUUUUGUCUGUCCGUCUCUCUGUCCUGUGGGAGUUGCUCAGUACUCUGGAUGAAUCCCUGUUCGCUAAGGUAUUAGCCCGUAGAAGACAGAUGUCGACUGCAGGCGCACAAAACUCUGCUCAACUCAUUCAAUCUCUCUCUCUCUCAAGUCAAACACCGGUUGAAGAAGGACUGUGAAGUUAAAAUUUGUCAGGCUUUCCGCUUUCCGCCGCUUAACGUUAACCGUAUACAGCCACAAGACGGCCCGUGCUAGACUUCACCCACCGCUGCCAGACACACGGCCUGCCGCGGGCGACUGGAGUGUACAUGGGGCUUUAUUAAUGAAACGCAUACUCGAAGGAGAGGAAAACACGUCUGGAUAAACUCAUGCACUGCUGUUUGGUGUUGCUGCUGUGAAACUUCUCUUCUUGGUUACAUGGUCCGAGUGUGAUCGCCUGGUGUUUGUUGGACGCGAGUAGUCUGGUCUCCAAAUUGUAGUCCUCAAAACGAAGUUCAGAUUUGACUCGCAACUCUUUGUUUCACACACUCUGUCCGGAGAACAUUUUUUUUCACCUCCCGAACUGGAAUACUCAACUUCGCGUGUGUUCAUCUUGGGUUUGCGUAAAACAGAGGGGGUUGCCUAAUCGUUUGUAUUUAAAAAAAAAAAAGUAAUCGCAUAAUCACUGUUUUAUUUUACACCUGUUGCCUUUUGGGUAUGCCGGCGGAGAAAAUAACUGUGGCUCAACUAAGGUGAACGGGAGUGCGGAGACCGAUAUCCCGGACGGAGAAGGGACGUGCGCGGCUUAUUUUGGAAUAGGCAGAUACACUUUUCUGUGCAACUUGUUGCGAAAUCAGUGAACGACAAACGAACUCCCGUGCCAAGUGUACUAACGGAGGGGGAAUUUGUAUAUUUUCCGGGGAUACUCCUACUUGUUUGAUCCGUUGUUCAUACAUUUGGUCUCUUAGCGAGGAUAAAGAAGACUGAACCGGACAGGUCCCGUUUUGGAAGUUCUGGAGAAAGUUUUGCAACGACGAACAUUCUAGGGGAAACUGUCUUAACCAUUCAAGGAUCUGCGGCAGACACUCAGGGAGUGGCACCUUCACCUCCUCUCCAGCGCCACCUCCUCUCCUCUUUGCCUCUACGACUGGACUUCCUGACAACUGUAAGCCUCAGUCAGGCCUGUCGGCUUCAUAAGGACCACUUUUCCGUUUGGUUAGGCCUAUUUAUCGGUGGCACAAGGGGGCAUGGAGACCAGCACCGGCCGGAGACGGUGGAACAGCGCCGGACAAUACCUACUGCUGGCGACUUCUCUCAUCGCCUGCAACUCGCAACUACCGGUGGACGCAAACUCCUGGUUGUCGUUAGCGAUGAACCCUAUCCAGAGACCGGAGAUGUACAUCAUUGGCGCCCAGCCUUUAUGCAGCCAGCUUACGGGUCUGUCGCAGGGGCAGAGGAAGCUGUGCCAGCUCUACCAGGACCACAUGGUUUACAUUGGCGAGGGAGCCAAGACGGGCAUAAAGGAGUGCCAGUACCAGUUCCGGCAGCGGCGGUGGAACUGCAGCACCGUGGAUAAUACUUCGGUGUUCGGACGCGUCAUGCAGAUAGGCAGCAGGGAGACAGCCUUCACCUAUGCCAUCAGUGCUGCAGGCGUGGUGAACGCGGUGAGCAGAGCGUGCCGGGAGGGAGAGCUCUCCACCUGCGGAUGCAGCCGCGCAGCUCGUCCCCGCGACCUGCCGAGGGAUUGGCUGUGGGGCGGCUGUGGCGACAACGUCAACUAUGGCUACCGUUUCGCCCGGGAGUUUGUGGACGCGCGGGAGCGAGAGAAGAACUAUCCUCGUGGCUCCGUAGAGCACGCUAGAACCCUGAUGAACCUGCAGAACAAUGAGGCUGGUAGACAGUCUGUUUAUAACCUGGCCAACGUGGCGUGCAAGUGUCACGGCGUCUCGGGCUCCUGCAGCCUGAAGACCUGCUGGUUACAGCUGGCUGACUUCCGGCGCGUCGGGGAGUUCCUCAAGGAGAAGUACGACAGCGCCGCGGCCAUGCGCGUCGGGCGCAAGGGCAAACUGGAGCAGGUGGACAAGCGCUUCAACGUUCCCACCCCGGAGGACCUGGUCUACACCGACCAGAGUCCAGACUACUGCCUGAAGAACGAGACGACCGGCUCCAUGGGCACCCAGGGCCGGCUCUGUAACAAGACGUCUGAGGGGAUGGACGGCUGCGAGCUGAUGUGCUGCGGGAGGGGCUACGACCAGUUCAAGACCUACAAGCACGAGAGGUGCCACUGCAAGUUCCACUGGUGCUGCUAUGUGAAGUGCAAGCGCUGCACGUCGCUGGUGGAUCAGUUUGUCUGCAAAUAGCAAGGAAGGGAAAGGGUUAGGGAUGAGUGGAUGGAUGAUGGAUGGAUGGAUGGAUGAUGGUUGAAUGGCUGGAUGGAUGGAUCUAUGGGUGAAUGGAUGGAUGAUGAAUGGAUGGACAUGUGUUAAUCGUGGGAAGGGAGGGGUUGGGGACUUGGAAAGGACACAGCCUGUGGGGGGAGUGAGGUUAGAUAACAAUCAAAAAUAAAUAAAUAAAACUAAAUGAAAUAUAUAAAUAAAUGAACAAAUGUGUUGAUAAUAAUUUAACGAGACUUUAAAUGACUCAAGCCACCUAAGGGAAGACCUGACUGACAAGCAGGCAAACACAAAACCAAGACUGCUGUUUUUUUGCUCUGCUCUUUCCGCUCUGCGAUUCGCUUCUUCUCCCUUCUACAACUGUCCACUGAUUGGUGGCUUGUGCUGACCAGGAAGUACGGUCACUAGUAUCUCUGUUGCCCGAUUUGCAGUGGGGGAGGGGGGUUUGACUCCUUUUUCGUUAGAGACUCUUUUCAGAGCAAAAGGUUAAGAGAAAGACUGAGAGUGGAAAAGUGAAUGUAAAAACGACAGAAGGAAAGAAAAGGCUGAGAAUGGAUAGACUUCAGUGAGAUGCAGCCAGUUUCUAUGGCCUCCUGUCCCUCCCCUCCACCUCCCCUGUCCUCCCCCUAUAAUCAUCACCCUGGCAGAGCUCUUAAAAACCACCACGCAAAGCCAAGGGACUGCUGACCUCACACAGGAACGACGGAGUUUGAAACUGUUGAACUUCCUGGUCAGGAACCAUGGAGCCAUGGAAUGUGUUCUACGGUUCUACCGAUAUUUAUGAUGUAGGAAGACGGCUUGUGACUUUGGGACAAAUAACAGAACUUUGUGUGCUCAUUGUAACCAAGACUCCAAGAAGGACAAGAGACACAGAAGUUGUGUUGAUUGAACAGGCGGGGACUCUGGGACAGUCACGUGUUCCGGUUUCAGAGUGAAGGCCGGGGACCGGCUCUUGACAUGAAAGAAACUCAUUGGGGACCAUGUCAUGAG